AUGACCUUCUCCUCUUAUGUCGGCGAUGGCAAUAAUAAUGGCAGCAGUGGAAUGGGCAACGAUUGUGGUGGUUUCAGCGUCAUCGACUUAGUUUUUAUGUUCAUGUGUUUACAGGCUAUGUAUUUUCUCCACUCAUCGUCAGCGGCUGCGUCUCAGCAUUUGUUCUCCACCACCAUCAUUUGCUCCUAUACUCCGCGAGUGGAGGAUGUUUUUAAAGUGUAUGUGUCAGUUAUUACUUAG